UGUAUAAAUUCUCACCUGAGUCACUGUUCUUCAUUGGCUCCUACCACAAUGCUCAGUGACCUCUUCUCCUUAAAGCCUGACUUUGGCCCUGCUAAUAGUGUGCAUAAUAAUUAGGUGUUUGAGGACAAUUGAGCCACUUUAACGUCUUUUCAAACCGAUCCUCCACCUGAGGCCAUGGGUCCGCCUCUUGCUCGAUCAGCUCCAGGGGAGAUCAACCAUUGGUGGAGCCAUCUGCGAUUUCGCCUUCAGAACAAAAAAGGGUGGAAUGAGAUGCUUGAUGAGACGUUUCUGCUGCAAACUCAACAGAUAAACAACAUCCCUCUUUUCUUGGCCGCAAAAGAGAACAAUGUGGGAUGUAUCAAGAAACUCAUGAGCUGUGCAUCCACUAAUAUAUUUGAGAGAGGUGCUCUGGGUGAGACAGCUCUUCAUGUUGCUGCUCUUAAUGAUAACCUGGAGGCAGCUGUAGCUUUGAUGAACGAAGCACCAGAACUCAUCAAUGAACCCAUGAACUCUGACCUUUAUCAAGGUAUGACAGCUCUUCACAUCGCUGUUGUGAAUCAGAAUGUAAAUCUGGUCCGGGAGCUCAUCAGGAGAGGGGGAGAUGUGGCCACACCAAGGCUGACAGGAAUGUACUUCCGAAAGAGAAGAGGGGGUCUUUUAUAUUAUGGGGAGCACAUUCUGGCUUUUGCCAGUUGUGUUGGAAAUGAAGACAUCAUCAACAUGUUAAUUAACAACGGCGCAAACAUUCGUGCUCAGGAUACUCUUGGGAAUACCGUAUUGCACAUCCUGGUCUUGCAGCCCAACAGAACCAUUGCCUGUCAGGUGGUGGAUCUGCUUUUGUCUCGGGAUGCUGAAUUUGACCCCACUCUCCCUCUGGACAUGGUCCCCAACUACAGAGGGGUCACCCCCUUCAAACUGGCUGCCAAGGAAGGCAACAUAGUGGCAUUUCAGCAUCUUGUGAAUCGCAGACGGAUAGUGCAGUGGAACCUGGGACCACUGACGUCUAACUUGUAUGACCUGACGGAGAUCGACUCCUGGUCGGACGAGCUGUCAGUCCUGGAGCUGAUCGUGGGCAGCCAGAAGAGAGAGGCCAGAAGGAUUUUAGAGGUGACUCCUGUCCGGCAGCUGGUCAGUCUCAAAUGGAACCUCUAUGGGAAACAUUACUUCAGGUUGCUGCUGCUGUUCUAUCUGCUCUACAUAGGAAUAUUCACACUUUGUUGUGUGCAUCGCCCUCUAAAGGACAUUCCUGAGAACUACACCCUCCCAGAAAAUGACAAAACUAUUAAAAUACCAAAGACCCUUAAGGAGAGUUAUGUAACCUACAAAGACCGCCUGCGUUUAGCUGGAGAGAUCAUCAGUGUUCUGGGAGCACUGGCCAUUCUCCUUCUUGAGAUUCCAGAUAUACUAAGAGUUGGAGCUAAGCGCUACUUCGGACAGACUGCACUUGGUGGCCCCUUUCAUGUCAUUCUGAUUGGCUACGCCAGCCUGGUGGUGAUCCUGUGUGUGCUGAGGGCCACGGAGACGCCGGGUGAGUCCGUGCUCAUGGCCAUCUGUCUGGUGCUGGGCUGGUCCAACGUCAUGUACUUCGCCCGAGGCUUUCAGAUGCUGGGGCCCUACGUCAUCAUGAUACAGAAGAUCAUAUUCGGGGACUUGACCAAGUUCAUGUGGCUGAGUUUUAUUGUACUCAUGGGAUUUUCCACAGCCCUGUGGAUGGUGUACAUGACCCAGGAGCCGUUCUCCUUGCCCGCGUACACCUCCUUCCCCAUCACCCUCUUCUCUCAGUUUGAGCUGAGCGUGGGCCUCAUCGACCUGCCGGUGGACCAUGAGAUCCACACGCCGGCCAUCGUGCACGUGCUGCACUGCUGGUUCUCUGUGGUCUCCUACAUCCUGCUGCUCAACCUGCUCAUCGCCAUGAUGAGCGACACACACUGGCGCGUGGCCCAGGAGAGGGACGAGCUCUGGAGGACGCAGGUGGUGGCCACCACCCUGAUGCUGGAGAGGAGGCUGCCCCGCUGGCUGUGGCCUCGGCUGGGAGUGUGCGGGCUCCUCUAUGGCCUGGGGGAGCGCUGGUACAUUAGGGUGGAGGAUCGCAAUGAUCCUUUCGUCCAAAAAAUCCGCCGAUACAUCAAUGUCUUUUCGAAGGAUGGCGACCAGGUCAGGGAUAAAGACAAUCCAGAAAAGAUUGACACCUCCUCAGAUCUAGUGUCUGGAGAGGCCCUUUCCAAACCCAUACAGCGAGGCGGGGCAAACCCAAACAGGAAGUCCCUCAGGGGAUGGCAGAAGAUACGAGAAAGCACUUUGGGUUUCGACACAGAGAAGGAGGACAUCUAUUCUGAUGGUCAGGACAUUCAGUUUGUUUGACAGCCGAUCAAGAAGAACAAUGAUAGUAUUCUGUGACAUAUGAAAGACAAAUGAAGACAAAUGAAGCAAUUAUUUCAUUCAGUGUUAUGUGGAUAUCAAA